UUGUAAUUCCCCCCUUCAAUAAAUUUGUGACUGUUUAUGUAAUUCACACGUAUAGUUUGACAAAGAUCACCAGCCAGCUAGCAGAGUUGGCAUCAGCUGCAAUCCCUCACCUCAAAUUCUCUCCCAGCUCGAUCAUACUUAGCCAAGAUUUUUCAGCUCAAAUGCCACCUUCACAGAGAGUGCGAUCCUUUUUCAAGGCCCUAGUCGAUGAUGACUCCUUCUUUCUGUUUUUUUGUUUUAAGUUUAUCGGAUUGACGUUGUUCAAGUGCAUUUCCAUUUAGCUUUCGGAUUAGUGAGUAACUAUGUUUCUGUCAGUCCAUGCUUGCCUUCUUAGGGCAAAGGCCCAAAACUUGCAUAAUUACAGACUAAACUUGAUAUAAGUUUAAUUUUUUGAGCAAAUAGUAGGAAUAACUGUCUCCUUAAUGAUAAAAUUAAAUUUCUUUCUAAUGAUCUCUUUAAUUAUUUCCUUUUAUUUAUUUUUUGGUCGAAAGUGGAGUAAUUGAUUGGGGAAGGUGAGAUGAUCACUUGUUCAAAACUGGAAAAGUUCACAUUUCCAUGAAUUUGUCUACAGUUUCCAUAUCAGUUGUAUAUAUUUCAUCAUCCCAAAGGAGCAAAUAAUGCACAUGCAAAUGAUUCAAUGCAUGUCAAUUUUGAUUGCUAAAAAUGGGAGGAAUAUUAAAAGAAACUGAUGAUGGUUGGUGGCUGAACUUUUUACCUCCUUCACAAGUUUUACUUUUCCUCCCUCGUGUCCAAUGUUUCCCAGGAAAAACUAGUCAGACAAAGGAUAGUGUCUUGAGGCAAUCUUCUCUCCCAGAAAAUCCCCUGAAGAAUCUGCAUUUUACUUGUUGAAGUGGAUGAUCACCCAUUUUCGGAAUUUCAGUAAAGCUUUUCCCCUCAAAUGGCGAGGAAUUCAACAAAUCCUUCAUGGAGAGUUCGAUCCUUUUUCAAGCCCCUGGUUCAUGAUGACUUCUCUCGGCAUUUGUGUCUGCCACCUUUAUUCAUGGAGAAUUUCAAUGGACGGCCUCCCUGCAAAUGCACUCUUAGAGGCCCGAGUGGGGAAUCAUGGACAGUAGGUUUGGAAGGAAGAGAGGAUGGAAAAUUCUUCUUCCGCAAGGGUUGGCAGAAUUUCGUUGAGGAUCAUCUCUUAGAAAUCGGUAAUUUCUUGGUUUUUAAGUACGAUGGCGACACAAAGUUUGAUGUCAAAAUCUAUAAUCCAACCGGAUGUGAAAAGGAGGAAGCUGUAGCUGCCAAGAAUACAACUGGAAAUCUAGCUAGUAUUCGUAACCGAAAGAAAAGCAUGUUGUACAAACCUGCUGAUGUGAAAGAAACAUCAGAUGGACACAUCGCGUUCAGAUCAAAGUAUAAAACAUGCUUCAAAGCAACUGUGCCGAAGAUUCCUUAUCGAAUGACUGUCCCCAAGAAGCUAGCUGUAGCAAAAGGUCUCAUUGAAAAGGAGAGGGUGAGGCUUACAGACCCGAAUGGGAAAACAUGGAAAGUUAAGCUCCGGGUCGAAGAGAUAAAAUCUUGUGGCAGUCGUUUGCUCAUGACGGAAGGGUUGCUGAAAUGUUGGCAUGCGAACAACAUUUCACCCGGGGACACCGCCGUGUUUGAGCUUGUCAACGAAAAGAGAAGUGAAAUGAAGAUUCAUUUUUUCAGAGCUGAAGCCGGAGGAAAGAGGCCUACCGUUGUGCUUGAACUUGAUGCCUCUGACUCUGUUGUGGAAAACUAGAGCUAGUUGACAUUAUAAAGGGUUGAUUGUGGAACAAGAUUAUUGAGGUUUUUGGAAUCAUAGUAAGAACAUAUUCAUUGUGGUGGCAACAUGCUAGUCUAUUUGUGUGUGAUCAACACUGCUUUUAUAUUCCCUAACUUACCGUUGUAGUGACGGAGUCAGGAUUUUCAAAUAAUGGGAUCAUGAUUU